AUGGAGUUUUAUGACCAAGCACAGACGCAACAGCUAGCCCCAUUCGUCGCCCUAAGUAUAGGUGACAAUGAAGUAACCUCGGUGCUCAAAAAGAAUUUUGAAGCGUUCAACAUUGCUAAUCAUAUAUGGAACAAUUCGUUGUUGAAGAACCGUUUACUGGAAUCCAGGUUUAUUUUCCAUUAUUUCGAUUCUGAACGGUCCAUAUAUAAGUCCAUAUGUUCCUACAAAGAAAAAACACUGGAUUCUCAUUCCAUUAUAUCUCCUUUCAACCCGAAGUCGGAAUUAUUUCCCAACGGUAUCUUAUCUUCAAAAUGGUUUCUGAAGUACUUAAGUGGCCUACCGUUUGCUGUGAUUUCAGUAUACCAAUUGAAUUCAAACCGAAAUUACGAUGGCGAGCUUGGUGCAACCUUAGCGUCUUUGAGAUCUAAGUACCUUAAGUUCAAUGUCCAUUUCGUUGCACUUAUCGUUUCGUCCGAAAAGAAUUUGGACGAAGAAGCCAAUCGAAUUGCAGUAUUGAGGCAGAUUUCAGAGCUACUGAAAAACAAUGGAAUCUUUUGUCUUAACACCAACCAAGACAUCGAAAGCACCACUGAGAUUUUGACAACUUCAAUCCUUAGUAGUUUGAAAUCUGCAGCGACUGAAUUUUACAUGGCGGCUGAGACACGUGUCAGACAACGUUUCGGCAAGUAUUAUACUUUACCUUCUAACCAGGUAAAUACAUUGGUGGAAUUGAAGCCACAAAUCCUAGAAAUUCGCAAUUUGAUAAAACGAUCAAUGCUACUUCAAUUCAUGCAUCCUAAUAAUGUGGAUUACAGUCUCCCCAUUCUAGAAAAGGCAUACGAGGGUCUUAUAGAUCUUUUACGGAGCACCCAAACUGUAUUUUUCUCACCUACCAUCAGUACUCAUGACCUCAAGUUGUACAAUCAAUACCGCAACUUGUUGGACGUAAUUGCAAUUCACCUCAUUCGUGGAUAUUUUUCAAUUGAAGAACCAGUUGCUGCGUUGCGUAAGCAUCGAGCUCAUAUUGAAAAUGUCCUUGACCUUUUACAGUCCCGAACUAAGUUAGAGCAACUAAUAUGGGAGUCUAUUCAGUAUCAAUGGCUUGCUGAGUUCUUAACCUUAGUGCCCAAGGCAGCUUUAGCUGGAUUAAAAGCCAUUAACAAACCCAAAUCCAAAAACACCGCGAAGAACGUUUUAUAUUUCGGCGGAAUUGCUUUCCAUGAUAAUUUUUACUCACAAGUCGUAACAGAGCCUGGAUUAGCUUAUUUGAAAGCAGCUUCUAAAAUUAAUUUGGAUGCAAGUUCCAACAUUGAUGGUAUUAACCAACAUUUCUUUUCUAGUACAGAAGCUGUACGAAGACAUCGAAUCAGCAUUCUCAAAAUGGCAAAACUGGUGCAGCCUUACGACGACAAAGAUGUCGAGUCUCAUGUUGAUGGCAGAAUAGGAUUGAUUGAUUGGCAAAUUGCCGAAGAAUUGAUUAUAAUUGGUGAAACUGAAAAUGCCAUUCAGUAUUACGCUGAAAUUUUGAAAGAAAAGAACUUGAAGACAUGGAAUACUUUGAAGCAAUUGGUUCUCGAAAAAAUGCUUGACAUAUUUUACGAGCAAAAAGAUGAACUUCGUAUUUUGAAGUUAAUUCCAGAGUUACUCGUUCUAGAUCAUAAAAGUAACUUAAGUUUGAUUAAGAGCUGCUUUUCUUUUACUCAGUCCACUUAUUCGAUUGAGCUAACUUCCGAGGUUUCUCUUCUAAACGUACAAUUGACAGUAUUCAAUAAAUCGUUGAAGAAAGAAACUUUCGCUUUUGAUACUGUCAUAGGACAGGUUUGCCUUCAGAGUGCAAUUAACGAUUCUAUUUUGGAAUCGAUUUUACCCGGUAGCAAAGUGACUAUUUAUGUUGACAAAAUCAAAGGACUGUUUUCGGAUAAACUGAACUUUUCUAUAUUGGGUACAAGUGACUCCACAUUCGGUCUAGAGAUAUUAAAUUUGGACAACGAACCUCAGGAUACCUACGGGGGCCUCCUACCAACUAAAAUGAAAGUGAUCCAACUUGAAAAGACUGUCACAAGACCUGGUUGGUUUGGCAUACCAUCCUUGAAAAUCCAGAGCAGGUUACAAAUAGAACGUGAAGAUGUAAGCAUAACUUUCACUCAAAUGGAAACGCAUAACUUCAACCUGGAUGAACUUCAACGCUCAUUGACCAUGUUCCAAACUCUUUCUGAUGGAUCUUUGUAUCCAAGAAGUAUCAUUCCCGAGCCACAGAGUGCUUGUAUGUUAUAUGUUCGCUCAUUCAAACCAGAAAUUCGCCUUAAACCAGAAUUUGGUUUCUCAUCCUUGAUAGCUGGAGAGAAAAUUGAAACUAGUGUCGAGAUUUGCCUUGAUAGUAUACCUCCCAGCCAUAUCGACUUCUCAUCCGUUACUCUUGAAAUAGAAAGCUAUGUAUCACAAGAGCUGGACAAACGAGAGAAUGUGUUAGUACAAACCAACUGGUACUCCAUGAAAGAUGAUCAACCUUUGUCUAUUCUUGACUUUUUGGGAUCGGGGAACAUGUCUUGCUCUAAGAAGUUGAAUAUUUGCGUGAGAUAUCCACCCCACACGGAAGAUAUUUCCCUGGCGAACCUCAUGGUGACAUUGAAUGUCAAAAUGGUUGUUAUUGAGGCUCUGGGAGAUGAAUCCGUGUAUGAAAUUGAUGCUUUCCACUUUCCACUCAUUAUGCAACCUUUCAAAACAAGAUUAAUGGUUAGUCCAAUUUGCAAGGUUGAGGAUAACACCCAAAUGCCAAAUCCAUUCAUCCUUGGUUUAGCAUCCAAGGAGAUGCAAAAGGAUUACUCCAUGCCUCUGCCACUGCGGACUUGGGUGGUCAAAGUACAUAUUGGGGAUCAUCUCAAACUACUCGAAAAUGAGAUUGUGGAAAUUGUUCUGACAGAGUUUAGCAUCAAAUCUGACAACGCAGAAGUUUGUUUAGUUACUUUGGGUGAUGCAACUUUGACAGACAAUGUUGCAAAACAAGUGUUCAUGAAUAACAGCAAACAUCGAUUUACCAACCGCAGUAUGGCUAUGGCCAUUGGUGUCCGCUUUGGAUGGAAGCGGACUGGUUCUGACACCAUCAAUUACUAUGAGCCUCGAGAGUGGGAAAGUGUACUACCUUUGCAGGAUCCUCGGGUUCUAUUACAAGUUCAACUACAAGAGCACAAUCAGGUGAAGUUGAAAUACACCAUUGAGAAUCCUACACCUCGUAUUUUGACCUUCACAUCGGACAUGACUACCCAGAAUGCAGAAAAUGCUGGAACAAAGUGGGUUUUUGACGAUAUUGUAUCUCUUACUCCACCUAAGCAAAUGCCUUUCCCGGUGUUACCCUUCAGCCAGUUCUCCUUGGAGUAUCUAGGCACAUUUCAACUUAGCAUUGAAAACACGCCCGUGACACUUCCACAAUUACAAAUUUAUGACGUCAAUUAUAAAGUCAGUUUACCCACACUAGCCGCUGAUGAGAACGUGAUAUCCGUAAACUCUACAUUGAUUUUGAGAACUUAA